CCAACGAAAACGGCAGCACAGUUGAUUGAGAACAACGAAGCAAGUAAGACGUGUUUGUUGGUUGGUGGUUAACACUUUAACGCUGGUUUUGUUUUUUGGGAACACUGUGCUGUACGCCAAAACGCCGAAACGCCAACCCAACAACGCAACACCAAACGACAAUUCUUGUGCAGACGUACGAUCGCGUGGGUGUGUGCGUGUUGUUUUUGUGUAUGUGCGUGUGAUUCGCGAACUUGCAAAAGUUGAUUAGUGCCAAAAUAGCAAUAACAAUAACAAUAAAAAAACAUAAAAAAGCAAAUAAUAAACACACAAAACCAUUUGACCACGUACUAAGUACUUCUAGUUCAUUGAAAAACCGUUAGAAAAUAUUGUUUAAAAAAUUAUACGAAUUGCGCAAUGUUCGAAUGAAUUGUAAACAAAGCGUAUACGAAGUGACUAAAACAUUUUAAGUGUGAAAUUUGCUGAUUUUCGCAAAUUAAAAAUUGUAAGAAGUGAAAAAAAUUGCAAAGAGAGAAACAAAGUGCUGUGAAGAAUUUAAAAAACAUACUUUUUGAGUUCAAGUUUGAAAAUAAAAAGAAUUUCACAAUUUCACAACUGCACGCAAUCAUUACAAACAAUUUGCCAUAAAGCGUGAGAGCAGUGAAAAUCAUUAUGAUUGCAGACAAGAAUUAGAAAAAGUGUGAAAAUAUUUAAAAUAUCCAAAAAGAAAUCAAAUCAAAAAGUGUAAAACAAUAUUUAAAAAUAAUAAAAAUACGAAACAUUGAAAACAAAACAACUUCAACAACAACAACUACUAAAUAGUAACUACAACUAAUUGUAACUGUUUCACGAACAAAAAAAUUCUUGCAAGCACAAUACUGUUGCGCGCAAGAAUAAUCCUGUGCGAGCGCGAACGACCCCCACAUUGCUGCGCAGGUACGCUGCAGAGCAGCAGCAGGUGUGUGUGCGCGCACUUGCAUGCAAAAGCAACAGUAACAAUUGAGAGUGCAGAACAACAAAGUAAAGAAACAGAAAGAAAAGCAAAUAAACUCACAACCGCAAAUAAAAAACACAGCCGCAAAAGCGUGCAGCAAAAAUCAGUGAAAAAUAAAAAAAAAAAAAAUUCAAAAUAAAAAAACGAAAUUAAAUCACAAAAACAAAAACAACAAACGAUGGCUGUUGUCUUUUAUAUGCCCGAGGGCGGCGGCGAUGACUCUGCAUCGUCAACGAGCGGCGGUCACGGCAGUGCUGGCAGCGGCAGCGCUGCCUCGUCAACAUCACAAUCGCCCAAUACCACCACAUCGGCCACACAAACGCCCAUGCAGAGUCCGCUACCGCCAUAUCCAUUCAUGAUGGCCCUCUACGAGGGCAUGUAUCAGUAUAUGAAUGCCACCGCCUUCCAGUAUCCCCCACCAGCCAGUCCAUGCUGUCAAGUGCACAGCCCCGCACCACACACCGCUAACGGUAGCGGUAGUGGCGGUGGUGUCGGUGUCGGCAAUGGCGAAGUAUUCUUUCCACUCAGUCUUAGUACGCCACGUACCCCACGUACCAGUGUCAGUUAUGCUGCUGGCGAUGAGAAUACCUUCUUUCGUCAUCACAACAUUAGUGGCGGUUGCAGCAGCGCAUCACACCUACAGCCACCACAAUCGGCCCCACCCAUGCCGUCGAGUAGUCACAAUGGUGCACAUAGUCAGCCAGCGCCACAACCAUACCAACAAUAUACAUAUCCAUAUUAUCAAUAUACACCACCGCCGACACCGCUCACCGCCAACGCAAGCACCUGCACCGGCAAUAUGUUCGGCACAACGGAAGCGACAACGCACCAACGCGGCUGUGUGGCAACAACGUCGACAUCAACAUCGACGACGCCAUCGUGUGGCAUGAAUGGACAUUCGCGUUUGCAUCGUAGCCUCUCGGAUGCGCAAAAGCGCUCCCGUCGUACGUCAAACACACAUGAUGAUGAACGUGAAUGCCAUAGUGAGCAUGAGACCAGCUGGGAUGAGUUCGACGACCGUUAUGAUAAUUUUACAGCCGGCCGUGAACGUUUACAGGAAUUUAACGGACGAAUACCGCCACGUAAGAAGAAAAAGGAUAUGCCAAAAUCAAAGGCAGAAAAGAAGCCACUCAAGGGCUACAUCUGGCCCACUGUCGUCUCAGUCAUCGUUGUUGCAAUCGGUUGUGGCUUCCUUGUUACGCGAUGAGUGCAGCAAAUGUGAAGCGCCAGCGGCAUCAGUCGCAGCAAUACUUACAAUUUAAACAGCAAGCAGCAGUGAAGCAAUGCAUAAAAAUAAUUAUUUACACUUAAUGAGAAAAGAAUAAUAAAAAAAAAAAUUGAGAAAAAGACAUUAAAACAAUGCACAAACGAAAAGUGUUAAAGAUAGCGGAAGACAGAAAGCUUUUCGAAGCAAUGGAGGUGUACGCAAGAGAAAGACUUAAAAGUGCAAGCAAGCGCAUGCAGCGCGUGGAAUGAGGCGACAUGUACGCCGCGCCGAAAGUGAGGGCACCUGUGAGAGAGUAAUCAUUUGGAGUGCGGAAACAUAAGGUAGUUUUGAAAAGUUUGCAAUCUAGUGAAGAUUGCGGAUCUGGUGUUGAAACAGCUCAUCAGGCAGUUACAGUGAGCGCGAAAACUUUUGGGGGCGUGAAUGAAAGAGAGAGUAGGAGACGGAUAGUAAGCAAAACGCACAGUGUGCGACAACGAAACCGAAUUUUUGAAACAACGAAGCUUUUCUUACACACCACAAACACAAAACGAAUUCAAAGUCGAAAUAAAAACGUAAUUAAAGCGAAAAAACUAACAAUUUUUAUUAAAUAAAUACAAACAAAACAUAUUUUUGUAAAAUGUAGGCAUUUAUAGUAGAUAUACAGUAUCUAAGCAUAUGUGUAUUUGACUAAAAAUAACUGCCGUAUUUGGACGUGGAAAUUUCGCAAAGACAAACUUAAAUAAGAAUUUCAACUGCCGUUAAGUGUAAGCAACUUUUGUGCUUAAAAAACAACAUAAUAUUUUUCUACUGUCAAUUUUGUACGUUUUAUUCUAAAUGUGUAACAGAUAAGACUGUGCGUUAUUGAAAGGCAGCAUUUGUACUAAAAACAAAUUAAAAUUAAAACAACAACAAAAACAAAAAUACAGCAAUUUUGUAAAAAUAAUAUUUAAAAACUCAAUAUUUUGAAAAAUUUUGAUCACAGUAACUUACAACAAAACAAAGCGACUCUUACGAGUCUUUUGAUAUCUAGAGCUGAAAAAUAGCUAUUUUUGCAUACUAUAAUAUACAAACAUUUUUUUCAAAACAGCUGCGAUUAUUUUUGAUAAAAUUUUUCGAGAAUUUUUGCGAAACAAAAAAUUAAAAAAUAUCCUUUCAAAAUAUCCAACAAUAUAUGGAAUAUGGAACAAUUAUCAAAACAAAAGCGAAAACACUAAAUCUAAAUCAAAUAUUUUUUGAAAACAGAAAGUUGAAUAAGUAUUUUUGAUAAAAAAGUUUAAACAUUUUGUAUAUCAUUAUUCAUAUGAAAAUACCUUGAAGCGCUACAAUUUUUGAUAAAAAAAAAAAUUGAAAAAAUAAAAAUAUAUAAACGGACUUACAAGCUAUUUUUUAACAAAAAAUUUCGAAAUCUAAACUUAAUAUUCGCAAGAAAAUGGCAAAUAGUUUGGAAAAGCAAUAAUCAUAACUGAAAAGCUGAAACUAAUUAAAAAAAAAUAUUUUUUGAACAUGAAAAAUUUUUUUUUUGAAAUUAACCACUUAAUCUACAAAAUUGAAUACUUAAUAAAUAUAAUAAUUUAUAUUUUUCGGGAAAAUAUCUACAAACAAAACAGUUAUAACUUAAAACAUUUGUCAACAAUUACAUAAACUAAUAUAUUAGAAUAAAUCCACAUUGAAAAUUACCUGAAAGAAAAUGAAAAAAUAUUUAAAAUUAAUAAUAUAAAAAUUACUUUGAAAAAUAUUAUUUACUUUUGAAAAAGUAUGUGAACAAAAAACAAUAAUUUUUAAAAGAAAAGAAAAAUAUCGAUUCGUAUUUUUUUAACAAAAACCAAAUUGGCAUACAAAAAAUUAAUUGUCUCAUAUUUUUAUAUAUAUUUUGCAUUAAGAAAGUAAUAUUUUUUAAAAAAUAUUUUCAAACUCAAUUUAAAUCUAUCUUCUAACUCAAUUGUCUUUAAUAUAAUCUUCCAUACUAUAACAGAAUUUGAUUAAUGUAGUUUAAACAAACUCUACUAACUGCCAUUCUCUGCUUUAAAAAGUAUUUUUCAAUCAUAAAUAACUUGAAGCUUCUUUAGUCUUGAAUUCUCCAUACGUUACAACAUUGCCUAAUUUCAUAGAACUUAGAAAGUGCUGAAACUUUAUGCACCCAUUUAAGCUUUCACUCUUUUGCUGUCAGUCAAGCUUUCAUUGCUGUCAAAGCUAGUGGGCUUAAAACUAAAAAAAUAAAAAAUUUAAAAUAAAAUAAAAAGUAUAAUUAAUGGUGAUAUUUUCUUCAAAAAAAGUUAAGACAUUUUGGAAAAAUAUAAAAAUAUGUCUUUAUGAGUAUAGUUUAGUGGCAAGGUGCUAAAAGGAAAAUAAAAAUAAUUAAAAAAUAAAAAAAAACAUAUAAAAUAAAAAUAUUGAAGAAGAGUUAAAAAAUAUGAAAAAUAAAAUUUCUAAAUUGUUUAAAAAUAAAUGAAAAAAAAAAUAUAUAAUUUUUAAACAAAAAUAAUUUUUUAUAAAAUAAUUGUACAAUAAUAAAAAAUAAAUACAAAUGCUCAAUAAAUAUACAAAAUUAUAAAAAAAAAUACUAAAAAACUCUAUAAAACCAUGAAAAUUUAAAAAAGUAUAAAAAAUAUCUUAAAAACUCUCUAAAAAAUAUAAUAAAAAAAUCAAAGUCUUCGCUGUAAUUUAAAUUACAAAUAAAUUUUAUUGCAAUAAAAAAAAUUUUUAUAAACAAUAUAUACACGUGUAAAUAAUAUAAAUGCGUUUAAAACAUGCAAAAAAUGCUUUAAACUAUAUAGAAAUUACAUGAAAAACAUACUUACAUAAAUAAAAUAAUUUUUAGUUAAUUUUUUGCCUAGCUCUAAUUGUGCGCAGAGUUCUGCUGAAUUCAGUGCUUAGUUGUAAUUUUGAAAGCCAUUUUUGUGAUUUUUUAUUUAUGUAUGUACAUUUUUCGUAGAGAAAAAGAAAAUUAUGAAGCAAAUACUUAUAUACUUUGCUGAGUUUUUCUUAAUUUUACGCAGAAGAGUGUAUAACUUGUUAGUAAAAUAAUAAUUAAGCAACAUGUUAAUUGCAUUAAAUUAAAGUAAAUAUUAUUAUAAGCACAUAAAAUACGGAAAAAAAUAAAAUGUUAAAAAAAAUUAUAAUUAUAAUAAUUAAGUUUAAGUUGUCGCUUAAAGUAAUAAUUUUCAAAUUGGUCUCAACAAGCCUUUGAUUGUUUUUAUUUGCUUACAAUUUGCAUAAAUUGCUUAUAUACUCUGGAAAUAUUUGAAAAUAAUUUGAAAUUGAGAAUAUUAAAGCUGAAAAUAGAUUUUGUGGUUAUUAAAAGUUUGUAAAUAGUAAAAAAUUACCAAUUUGUUAAAAAAGUUGUCAAAGUUAUUUUAAAAGUUAGUGUCACUUAAGUAUUAAAAUUUUAUUUAUAAAUUUGUAAAGCUUGGAAGCUUUCACCUUGAUAAAAAACAAAAAUUGUAUGAAAACUUGCUUUUACGAUAUCAGAUUAUCAUAAGGUGUUACUUUGUAUUUUUAUUCAAUUAAUGAAAGCUCUACCUUGACCUCUAAAGCUCUGUACUUUUUGAGGAAAUAGCUUAAAAUUAAACAUUGUAGCUUUCACUUACCACAAAGCUUUCACUAACCACAAAAAUAAGUUAACGGCAGCUUUUGUUAACCAUAAAAGCUUUGUAUCCAUUUCGUUCGCAGACUUUUAAGUAGUACAAUUCAAAAAGCGAAAUAUUUCUGAUCUCACCUCCAGAGAAAAUAUAUGAAAUUGAAAUAUAAUGGAUCUCGUGUACCAAAGUAAUUGAAAUAAAAGAAUUUUUGAAUUUACACCUUUUCAUAAAGUUACACAAUAACUUGAUUUUCGCAGAAGAAAUUAAAAAACUUACUACUUAAAAUAUAGUCGAAAUUUUACUUCAAAUAUGACAGAGUAUAAGAUAAAAAAAUAAAAUUGAACAUGUGAACAGCUUAUUUCUGAAGAGCUUUUGAUAUAAUUUGGCAUAAAAACAUACGAAAUAUAUCCGUAAGCUCAGUUAGAAAACUAGUUUAAAUAAUAAUAUCUCAUUUAGCACAAUAUAAUAAAUAUAAAAAUAUAAAUUAAUAAUAAAAUAUGCUAUAGCAAAAAUAUAAACAAAAUUUGCCGCUAAAGCUUAGCAAAUUUGCAACUCAGCAAUUUAUGCAAACAAAUUAAAAUUGUAUAAAAAUAAUAAUUGUUUAAAUAAAAAAAACAUGAAAUUUAUAUGAUAAAACAAUUCCCAAAAAUCACAAUGAUCUCAAGUUGAAAAAUACAUAAUAAAUUAUAAUUUUUCUAUAUUUUUAUUACUUUUUUUUUGCAUUUUGCAUAUAAGAAAGCUAUAAUAGUUAAAAUUAAGUUAUGUAUAAUAAUACAAUUUGCGCAAUUUGAAGAGUGUCAAAAUGCUACUCAAACCAUAAAAAAAAGCAUUGAGCACAAAAACCGCAACAACACCACCAUUAUUACAACAACCACCAACUCCAGUUAUUCAAUGGAAUUAAGCUGCAAUUAUAAAUUUAAGUUUUGUUUAAUAUAUAUUUACCGUUAAUUUUGUAUUUUUCCAACACUUAAAAGCUUCAUUAAGCUUUAAAGCUGUAAAAUGAAAAUUAGAAUUAUUUUAAAGAAACACACAGUAAAGGCAGGUGAUUGCAAAAAUUUCUUGUCAUUAGACGAUUUUUCACUAUUAUAUAAUUAUUAAUUAAUUACUAGUUGAAUUGGACGAUAUAUAUGUACAUAGUAAAUAGUUGUAAUCUCAAAAUCUUAUGUAAAAAUAUGUGCCUAGUUGUAAUUGUAUUUUCACACAGCAUUAUUUUUUCCUUAAUCAUUACAUAGCACACUUACGGUGUGAGUUUUUUGUAAAUAACGAAAAAAAAACUUUUGUUAUAGUUGUACAGUACACAAAAUUUUUUUUUGUAGCUUAACUGAAAGUUUAACAUAAAAUAGUCCUAUUUUUGAUUCAAGUACUUUUUCCGAGAGUUUGAAGUAGUGUUAAACGCAUAUAUGCUUUAAAAAUUUUAAAAGCUUUCAAGUAAAAUUUUCGAAAAAAUUAAAAGCUUUUAAAACAGUUUUAAAAUUAGUUAAACUCCUCUACGGAAAAAUAAUUAUUACUGAAUUCAGAAAGUUUUGUGAAAUUUUCGACUUUUUUCCCUUUUCACAGUCAUUUAAAAAAUAUUCAAAGCUCAUUUAGCAUUGUUUGUAAAAAAAGUCUAUGGGCUACAAAAGCGUUGUGAAAGCUCUCAUUCAAUUUAUUUGUGUUUUUAAUUUUUUUCAUCUGAAAUCACAUUGAAAACUCUAGCAAAAAAUAUUUCACAAGUGAAAGCUUUUCUAAUCCCAGUUAAAAAAGCUUUCAAAGCUCAUUAGCAAAUUAUAUACUUGUACUCAUUUCUAACUCAAAUAUACUCUCAUCAUAUACUCGACUUAAAAAAGCUACUCGACAUGAAAAAUACUUUUAAGUAAUAUACCAACAACAAUAGACACAAUUUUUCAAAAGCUUAUGAAAAAAUAAUCAGCAAACAAAAAAACGAAACGAUCCGAAACCAAACGAAUAAAAUUUUAAUUGAACGAUUUGUAAAUUUUUAACAAAUGAGCAACGUAAGCCCAAAACAGUUUUGAUGCUUCAACGAAUUAUGAAAAAUUUAAUACUUUUUUGCGUUGAACAGUCAAUUACUGUUAUUUGAGUUUAAAGUGUGCUCAUUUCUAAUAGUUUUCACAAUGAUCUCGGUAUAUUUUGUACUCACUCAAUAGAAGGAAGUUUCAAAGCGUUUACUGAAAGUAAUGAAAAGGCAGGGUUUUUGAAAUGUUUCAAGCAAAAAUUGCACAGUUGACAGUUUUCACAAGCUCUUUAUUAAGAUUCGGUGUGAUUUUCGUCAACUUAUUUGCAUUGUUGCCAAUUUUCAUUAACGCAGUUUUCAUUACUUCACCAGUUUAACGGUAUUAUGUGAACACCCCUGGAGUGAGUGUCCAAAAACGCAUACAUUUAAAAAAUUCUGCUUUAUUAUUUAGUAACAUUUUUAGCCAGUUAGUAGAAGUUGCAUUUAAAUAAAUAAUAAAGAAAAUAUUUGUAUUUUUUAAUUUUAAUAUGCAUAAAAUAAUUUUUACAUUGUCAUCGAUUGCCAUCAAUAUGCUCAUUCUCACAUUUUAUAGUUGUUAAAGAAAGUCAUGCAUUCGCGCAAAUUGCCAAACAAAGCCACAAAAGUAAAGAAAAAAAUAUUACAAAAAUACACUACAUUUAAAGAAAUAUAUAGUUAUAAUGUACAUAGUUAUAAAUAGAUUUAGCUGUAUGCAUAAGCUGCUUCAGUAUAAGCCAAGUUGUUUUGUAAAUUAUGCAAAAUUCUACUGUGUAUUGAAAUUUAGUUUAAUUUUUCUGUAAGUAAUUACAACAACAUAUAUAAUAUUAAAAUUUAACUCACUCACUUUAGCUUUUUACCACUAACUACCGCAAUUCGCUUUUGCUUUUUGCGUUGUUGCCAAAUUUCCACGUCAGGUGCUGCCAAGUUACAUGAAAUUUUUAAACGAAAAAUGUUUAGAAACAAAUUUAAUUUGAUUAUAUAAUUUCUCUCUUGCUACAAUUUUCAUGCUUUAAAAUUUGUUUUUGUAAAAAUGUAU